GGACUUCCUGUUCCGUUCAUGGCUUCGUCUGAUCGCGUCGUAAUAAUAACGAAAUCUAUUUUACUGUAAAAACUGGUUUAUACAGCAACAACAGAAUAUCAGAAACAGCAAAGAAUUAUUUCUGACACAUCACCAAUAUUUAUCAUCUUUGAAAGACAAAAGGAAAAUGUUCCACAGAAUGGAUAUAACCCUGUUUAUAUAAAUCUAUAGUUGAAUUUCUGAUAAAUAUUUCUUCAGAACUGAGAAUGAAUAUCAAUGUUUGUCUUGUUCACUGUCUGAAAACUUUACAAGAUGACUUUGCAUUUUAAUUGAAUCUGGAUUACAAAGGAGUUUGCAGCAACUUCGGAUAAUCACCAAAAUUCACAGCUGAUGGAAAUAUAGCAGCACUAAUAUUUGUUCAGAGUAAGAUAUUAGAACAAAAAAUAAAGUUCACAUCAGAUACAUCAUCAAUAUUGAUCAUAUCUUAAAGACUAAAAGAAAGUGUUAUAAAGAACAAAUAUAAUUCUAUUUAUAUAAAGUUUGGGGAACUACAGAGAAAUAUUUCUUUAGAACUGAUAUUAAUAUCAACAUUCGUCUUGUUCACUUCCUGAAAAGUUUACAAACUGGUUUUGCAUUUUAAUUGAAUCUGGAUUACAAAGGAGUUUGCAACAACUUCAGACAACCACCAAAAUUCACAGCUGAUGGAAAUAUAGCAGCGGUAAUAUUUGUUCAGAGUAAAAUAGAACAAAACUAGUAUAUAUUGUGGAGUACGAAAAGAAAAAUGAUGGAAAGUGAGAUUAGUGAGAACAACGUUGCUCGUAAAAUAUUGGCUAAAAGUAUUGUUUUACCUGAUGACUUGAAGAAUGAGAAAGCAAGAACCUCGUUUGAUUGUGGUGUCUGUGGCAAAUCGUUUUCCCAAAAUUGCAAACUGACUAAACACAAAUCUAUUCAUACGGGAGAGAGGCCAUAUUGUUGUGAUAUCUGUGGUAAAUCAUUCUCACAAAAGGGUAACUUAAUCAUUCACAAACGUAUCCAUACAGGGGAGAAACCGUAUCCUUGUCAUAUCUGUGGUGAGGCAUUUUCCCUGAAAGGUAACCUAAUUACUCACCAACGUAUCCAUACCGGAGAAAAACCUUAUGUCUGUGAUAUCUGUGAUAAACCGUUCUCUCAAAAGCAUAAAUUAGUUACACACCAACGCAUUCAUACUGGAGAGAAACCAUAUCAUUGUGACACUUGUGGGGAAUCAUUCUCUCAAAGUAUUCAUCUCACGAAACACAUACGUAUUCACACAGGAGAAAAACCAUAUCACUGUGAUAUUUGUAGUAAAUCUUUCUCUCAGAGUAGCAGCCUUACUAAACAUAAGGCUACCCAUACAGAAGAAAAACCAUAUCACUGUGAUAUUUGUACUGAAUCAUUUUCUCAAAGUGCUCAGUUAACAAAACACAUACGUGUUCAUACUGGUUAAACAUAUCUUUGUGAUAUCUGUGGGGAAUCUU